AUGGAUGCCCACGUGGACCUCCUGACAGAGCUGCAGCUGCUGGAUAAGGUGCCCACGCUGGAGAGGCUGCGGGCAGCCCAGAAGCGGAGGGCCCAGCAGCUGAAGAAAUGGGCGCAGUAUGAGAAGGAGAUGCAGCACAAGAAGCGGAAGCAUGAAAAGAAAAGAAAUGCUGUUAACCGGAAGAAAGUGUCUUUUGAAGCCAGUGUUGCUCUGCUGGAGGCUUCUCUGAGGAAUGACUUGGAGGAAGUGUGUUACUUGCUGAAGAGCAACAUCAGCCCAGACCUGUGCAAUGAAGAUGGAUUAACUGCACUGCAUCAGUGCUGCAUAGACAACUAUGAAGAGAUAGUCAAGCUUCUCCUCAACCAUGGGGCCAAUGUCAAUGCAAAAGACAACGAGCUGUGGACUCCGUUGCAUGCAGCAGCUACAUGUGGUCAUAUCAACCUGGUGAAGAUCCUCAUCCAGCAUGGAGCAGAUUUGUUGGCAGUGAAUGCAGAUGGCAACAUGCCGUAUGACCUCUGUGAAGAUGAGCCAACUCUGGAUGUCAUUGAGACUUGCAUGGCCUAUCAAGGAAUUACCCAGGAAAGGAUCAAUGAGAUGCGGGCUGCUCCAGAGCAGGUCAUGAUCUGUGACAUUCAUGACAUACUUGCCACUGGACAAGACCUGAACAGGACUGAUGCCCAAGGUGCUACACUGCUGCAUAUAGCUGCAGCCAAUGGUUAUUUGCAUGCAGCUGAAGUCCUUCUUGACCAGGGGGCAAGCCUGGAUGUUAAGGACUGGGACGGCUGGGAACCUCUUCACGCUGCUGCUUUCUGGGGACAGAUGCAGAUGGCUGAGUUGCUUGUGUCCCAUGGGGCUAGUUUGAGUGCCAGGACAUCUUUGGAUGAGAUGCCAAUAGAUCUGUGUGAAGAGGAGGAAUUCAAAGUGUUACUUCUGGAGUUGAAACACAAACAUGAUGUGAUCAUGAAGUCUCAGAUGAGGCAUAAAUCCUCCCUGAGUCGAAGGACCUCCAGCACUGGCAGCCGGGGGAAGGUGGUGAGGAGGGCCAGCCUUUCCGACCGAACAAACCUUUACAGGAAGGAGUGUGAGAAAGAGGCCAUCGUCUGGCAGCAGCUGGGGGCGGCAGAAGAAGGAAGAAACUCGGGUCUCAUUGGAGAAAUCGGAGAGACUCGAUCUGAUCAGGAGAAUACAGACCCUAAUUUGGUGCUGGAGAACUCUUCCCUCAUUCCGGAGUUAGCAAACAAAAGCACCCAGUGUGACACUGAAAUCCCCCUCCAGAAUGGACUCAUGGCAUCUGCCAGCACUUACCAGUACACCUUUUCCAACGGGGACAUUUGGAGUAUGCACGCUGACCCUGACAGUAACCCAGGCCACAUGCUGCCCUACGGCAACCCCGGGCUCCCUGACACGCAGCAGUUCUGGGGUGCCUACAAGGAGCAUAACCAUCAAACGCUCUCCGAACUUAAGCGGCAGCGGGCUGCAGCCAAACUCCUCAAUCACCCUUUCCUCAGCACCCACUUCAGCAGCGGCAUGGGAGGAGUUGCUGAGAAUGGGGGUGAGGCCAAGUCGCACCUAAUCGGAUCCAGGACUUCUCCUUACAGCUCCAAUGGGACCUCAGUGUAUUACACAGUGUCCAGUGGUGACCCACCCCUCUUGAAAUUCAAAGCUCCCAUGGAGGAAAUGGAAGAGAAGGUGCAUGGGUGCUGCCGAAUUUCCUAG